CUGUAAAACAACAACCUUAGGCCGAAAACAACAUUUGAAGAAUACGUAUUUAAUAAUUUUUACAGAAAUGGCUUCUGUAGGAGAUGGUAAAGUUAGUUUGCGGAAAUUCGAGUACCCAAUGUGUGCAGUUGAGGCACUUACUCGAUUAGAGACUCUCAUUGCAAGCCGAAAUAAACAGAACUUGGCAAUGCAAAUCAUUUCCGAAUUCAUAUUUCUGGAACGUGCCAAGGAUGGAGAUGUGCGCAAAAUGCAAACAGGGGGCAUUAGUCAAAUGAAUAUCUAUCAAGAGUUCCAAUUGAUUCUCGCCCUCAUUGAUUACUUCUCAAGGCCUGGCCGGGAUGAUACACGCAAUGCGAUAUUUCUCUCUCUAUUUGGGAGUCAUUUGACGCCACAGCGAUCUAGGCUUCUAUCUAGACUAAUAAGCACUGCGGUAUCGGGCUCGGUAGCCCCACUGCUCUCUUCGGCUGGCACAUGGAUGCAACAAGUGGGCUGCAAGACGCCGCCUAGCUUAGAGGUUGCCCAGAACAUAGUGAGCGACUUUAUUUCGUUUUCGCGCAAAACUCCUGAGCAACUAAGACAUCUACCCUUGGUAGGUCCGCACUUUGCUGCUAAUUUUAUGGUGGCCGUGGCUGAUCUCUACCUAAAUGAGAAGCGUAGCGGCGCUCUGACACCACCACCAGAUGCACUACUAGAUGUAAUUACAGAAUGGACGACAGAGAAUCCGCAGCUCUGCCAGGCACCACAACAGUCGCUUGUUUUACCUGCUGGCGCCAUUGCCAUGCCGUUUGCGACCCCGCUGGCUGGUUUGUUGCGCUGGGUGGUAUUAGCCCCAUUGGUCUCGAAUCGACAGGCUUAUAGCAAUUUGCAUUUAUCAUUGCUUCACACACUACUAAAAACAGUCAACAACGGCGAGUCAACGCCUUUGCAUGCUCAGGAUCUAAUGCAGAUUGUAACAUCUUUACAAAAGUACUGCGCUCGUCUCACUGAGACGAAAGUAGCGCCUGAAGAGGAUGCCGCCUAUCAAAAAUGCAUGGAACGCUUUGCUCAAGCCGUGCAAAUAGCGUUGGCCUCCAACUACAUCACAAAUCAUAUCCAGUUGCUGUGCGUGCUGGAGACUCUGCCGCACCAUGCACUAAUGAAUAUUGUGCUAGCUGCUCAUAAAAAAGUUUAG